AUGCACCGCCGCUCCUGGACUCGGUACGGCUGCCUGCCUGUGCUGCCUGUUGCUGCCUGUUGCUGCCCGUGCCUGUGCUGCCCGUUGCCGCCCGUUGCCGCCCGUUGCUGCCCGUGCCUGUGCUGCCCGUUGCCGCCCGUUGUUGCCCGUGCUUGUGCUGCCUGUUGCCGCCCGUUGCUGCCCGAGCCUGUGCUGCCUGUUGCUGCCCGUGCCUGUGCUGCCCGUUGCCGCCCGUUGCUGCCUGUGCCUGUGCUGCCCGUUGCCGCCCGUUGCUGCGCGUGCCUGUGCUGCCCGUUGCCGCCCAUUGCUUCCCGUGCCUGUGCUGCGUGUUGCCGCCCGUUGCUGCCCGUGCCUGUGCUGCCUGUUGCUGCCCGUGCCUGUGCUGCCUGUUGCCGCCCGUUGCUGCCUGUGCCUGUGCUGCCCGUUGCUGCCUGUUGCUGCCCGUGCCUGUGCUGCCCGUUGCCGCCUGUUGCUGCCCGUGCCUGUGCUGCCUGUUGCCGCUCGUUGCUGCCCAAGCCUGUGCUGCCUGUUGCUGCCCGUGCCUGUGCUGCCCGUUGCCGCCCGUUGCUGCCCAUGCCUGUGCUGCAUGUUGCCGCCCGUUGCUGCCCGAGCCUGUGCUGCCUGUUGCUGCCCGUUGCUGCCCGUGCCUGUGCUGCCCGUUGCCGCCCAUUGCUGCCCAUGCCUGUGCUGCCCGUUGCCGCUCUGCUGCUGUCCGCGCCCUUCUGCCGCUAG